CACACUUAGCACGUUACUAAAAUAUUACUCCGCGAACCUAAAAUCAGUGUGUAAAUCAAGUACCUUCUAGUUCAGGCCUCUCCAUGGGGCACCUGGAACUGUGUUAAUUAUUUGAGCCUAACAUUCACUACACCAUACUCGUAACAAAUUACGAAAACAAAAAUGUCGUCGUUUGGGUCGUUUGUGGUUUCUCUAAUUUUACUUCUCAUUACUUUGCUGGUGACAAGUACGAAUAGCUUCAAUUUAUCAACAGUAGAUAAGGAUGAACUCUGGCAUUUGCUACUAAAUCGCCAAAUCAGUAACAACAUUUCGGAUGCAUUCCAUUCAUCGCCACCGUUGUACAAUGAUAACGGAGAUGAUUUGACGAAUGCGGUCGUUGUGUCUGAUAAAGUGAAUGAAUUUCCGUACGAUGUUGUUGAUGGCAAUUUAAGUGAUGAUGGGGUCAAGGUUGAGUACGAUGACGAAAAUAAAACGGUCGAUAAGAGUUUACAAUCUCAAAUUAUGGACAUAUUUAACGUGAGUGUUGUUGAUUCCAACAAAACCGAAACAGCUGACGAUAUAAUUCGGGAAAAUGUUGGUAGUGAUACAGUGGUGGUUAACGAUGGCGUCAUUCUGUCUGAUAGACCAUAUGUGAAUGAAAAUUUGAAAUUGAAACGGGAUGAAGAGUCGUUGACAACGACACCAUCCAUCAUUGCCAUUGAUGUUUUCAAACCGAGCGAAACUGAAGGAAAUAGUGACGAUGAGGCGGUAUUGACUAGGUCGAAAGUGUCUGUGAAACCGAGACCGGGUCAGACCAGUUUAGUGAUUGUUUUCGACGGUACGGGAUCGAUGGAAAAUUGUUUGAUUCAGCUGAGAGCCGGAGCCAAGCAGAUUAUUGAUAAGUUUGCCGAGCGCAACGACAACCCCAUUUACAAUUACAUCUUUGUCCCGUUUCGGGAUCCACAUGUUGGUCCUGAGUUGGUGACAACCAAUCAAACCGAAUUGUUGGAUGUUCUCGAUAAUCUCAAAUUAUAUGGCGGUGGUGAUUGUCCGGAGUCGACGUUGAAGGGCAUAUUCACUGCACUCAAAUACGCUCUGCCUAAAUCAUACGUCUACGUUUUUACCGAUGCAAUAGCCAAAGAUUUUGCAUUGGAUUUAGAUGUACUGUCGUUGAUUCAACGCAGACAAGCAACGUUGACAUUCCUUCUGACUGGUUUUUGUAAAUCGAAAGACUCUCCUGGCUAUGAGGUUUUCGAACGUCUAGCAGCCAGCAGCAAUGGACAAGUUUACAACUUGAAAACACAGGAAAUUAAAGAUGUUCUGGAAGACAUAAAAAACUCAUUAGAUCAGCGACGAGUAUCACUCAAAUACUUGGACUCAAAUGCAGCGGACGAACAUUCCAUCGACGUUUCUAUCGACGAAAAUUUGAAAGAGUUUAGUGUCAGCGUCGCUGGACUAAAUCCCAAUAUUUCAGUCAUCGAUCCGAAAAAGGAAUUGUACGAAAAGGGAAAAAAAGUCUUGGACUUGGAGAAUUUGAAGGUAGUGAACGUGGAAAAUCCAAUUCCUGGCGAAUGGAAUGUGAUUGCUACAUCCGAUUCCGCUCAUUCUGUGCGCCUCACGGCUAUUAGCGACAUAGUGUUCAAUUUUGGGUUUACACUGAAGCCGCCACAAACGAUAUCCGAGACAUUUUUUAAUCCGUUAAAAGAUGAGCUGAAUGUACUGUCAAUAUCCCCGUCAAACAAUACGCUCAUUCAUAAUCUAACAUCCGUUCAAAUUUCCCUGUUUUACGACAAAAACAACAUACCACCGCGGCCCAUCAUCUUCAGUUUGGAAUUGGAAAAGACUCAGGGUGAAGAUGGCGCUGAUGAUCUGUACAUCACGAAACCGUUUCAGCCACCACGACAGCCAUUCAAAAUCGAUAUCAAAGGCUUCGAUUUGUACGGAAAUCCUCUGCAACGUCUCUUAUCAACUGUACUACAGUCGAGUGAAGAAAGUCCUCCUGAAGUUUUCAUUGAAAAUGACUCAAUAGAAGUGGAUGAAAUGGCAACUAUUACUAUAAAUUGCCAGGUGAAAUCGCUCAUACCAAUGUUAGUCCAGUUGAAAUGGCAUGACCGAGUGUUAGAGGAAGUCAAAGUCGAUCAGACCACUUCGCUCAAACUGAAUCUGGAAGAGGUAACCGGCAAAGAUUCUGGACGAUAUGUGUGCUCAGCAGUUAACCGAAGGGGUUAUUCAGAAGGCUCGAUUGAUGUGACGGUCAGACCUCGCCGCAUAAACGUAACAAUCCCCAUACCCAACUAUACCAUCGUUGAAAAUGAAACUGACAUCGCCAUAUACUGUGAGGCAUCGCAAAAAGAUGCAGAAAUAACCUGGUCGUUUAGUAACGGAAAUUUAAAUGAUUUGGAUGUUGAGGUAAUCAGUUCCCAUUUAUUGUUGAAAAAAGUAACACGAAACUACACGGGCAUCUAUACGUGUGCGGGACGGUCAAUAUAUGGAGAUUCGGCCAGCGAUGCCACAAAUGUUACUGUUCUCUAUGCAACUGAAAUUAUCGGUGAUUCAUUUCAAUUUGAAGCAAUUCAAUACAACGAGCAAUUAAACCUACAUUGCCCCGUGAAUGGUGUACCCAAACCAGUGAAAUUAUGGUACAAAAAACGGUACAACGAAACAAUUGAAUUACCAUUCACAGAAAAUGUGAAAAUAAAGAAUUUUCAAUCCCAUGACGAAGGAAUUUACGUUUGCGAAGCAAAAAAUCAAAUCGGUGUAUCGCAAGAGAUAAAAUAUCAUGUAACGGGACGUGCUGAUGUUGCACCAAGCAUUUUGAAAUCGAACCCAUCAACUGUCCGGGUAAGACUUGGUGACGACGUGAAAGUUCACUGUCAAUGCGGUUUGUGCAUGCCACUUACUGAAUUCAAUUGGUUUUUCAACGAGCAACAAAACAGCCACAACAUUUUCAUCGGCCAACACUUGGCUAUGGGUGAAAUUGGCAAUAAUUCAGCCAGAUUAGACUUAGAAAUUUUAAAUGUGACCGAACGGAAUUCUGGUGAAUAUAUAUGCCGAUUUAAAAAUGAUUAUGGUUACGAUGAAAUUGUGGUCAGAGUUGAGGUGUUGUCUCCACCGCAAAUUGAAAAUCUGUCGAUAGAAAACCCAUUUCACGUGAAAGAUAAAGAUGUCAUUGUUGCCGGAAGUUCGUCUCACAUAAAAUGUGCAGUUAAGGGCAAACCAUUGCCAACAAUUCGGUGGUGGAAAGAUGGCAUACCAAUAGUUUACGAUGGAAGAAUCUUCGCCAACGAUAAUGGUACGUUGACCGUGACGGAAACUCGUGUCAGCGAUGCAGGAGUCUAUCAAUGCCAAGCCGCAAAUCCGGCGGGAAUUAUCGCACAAAAUUUCACACUACUGGUGGUCGCACCACCAAAAUUCACUACCAACUCUGAUCCGAAGAAAACAGUUAUCAAAGGUAGCAAUGUAACACUUCCUUGUCAGGUAGAUGCACUACCACCAGCCAGUAUUUCGUGGAUGAAGAAUGGGAGGGAGUUGAUUGGAGACAGAUAUUCAAUCGAAGACGGUGGACUGAGUUUUCGAACGUUGUCUAUGGAUUCGGGCAUUUACCAAUGCAUAGCCAUGAAUGAAAUAGGGAGCGCCACACAAGAGUUGGUUUUAGUAAUAUACGUUCCGCCAAAAAUUGUUCCUGAAGAUGAUGAGAUAAUCGAAGUGCAGUCGAAAGGUAACGCGAUUAUAAAAUGCGAUGCAACUGGAUUUCCUUCGCCAACCAUUUCGUGGAGUUUUCAAGGCCGUUCACGUGACCAUUACGAUUCCAUUGACUAUUUAGACGAGGGUCGGAUUAGACUUCGAAAUCUUACGCAAGCUUCAGAAGGAGGAUUUGUGUGCAAUGCAUUUAAUGACGCUGGAAGAGCACAGAAGGUUUUCUAUAUUGUUGUUAAUGAUCCACCAAUAAUUACAUCCAAUUUUCCCACUAAUUUGACUGUUCUUCCCGGAGAAAAAGUAAACAUAAAAUGCGAAGCAAUUGGGAAUCCCACACCCCUUGUCUAUUGGGAACUUCAAGAGGAUGGAUCUGCUAACGAGGAUUUCCACUAUCAACGAAAUAAUGUACUCUACGUCGAUGCGUCCCAGCCAUCAUCAAGGCACUCAUUAUUAACGUACAUUUGCUUUGCUAGAAAUUCGAUUGGAAGUGACCGAAAACAGAUUACGUUGAACCUCAUCGAUGUUCCGCAAAUGAUAAACGACAGCCCGUUACAUGAAAUCCAAGCGACAAAGGAUGUCCUAAUGUACGGUGACAUCGAGUUAAAAUGUCCGUACAAAAAUUAUGACAAAUUGAACUGGUUUAAGAACAAUAAACCCAUCGGCCAUAUAUCGCAUCAACAACGGGAGGACCGAUUGCAGCUUUCAAUGGUAAUGCCCGAAACAUCCGGUAAUUAUAUGUGCAUUGUGCAAAACGAAGCCGGUUCAGCGAACUACACAUAUAAAAUAAAUGUUUUAACACGGCCGCAUAUACUGGAUAUUGAUGAGCGCUUAACAAAUGAAAUUCCAAAGAAUGUGUCGAUGAAUAAUGCCUACGAAAUAAUGGUUGCAAGAGGUGAACCUGUCGAUAUCAAUUGUUUGGCGGAUGGCAAUCCACAACCCGAUAUCACAUGGAAACGUAACAAUGAUUGGAUAGCCAACAGCACGAUGCUGUCAAUUAAAUUUGCAUCUUUAUCGGAUAGUGGAUUGUACGUAUGCGAGGCAACUAACAUUGUUGGAACAGACAGCCUAGGAUACAACGUAGAAGUGUAUUCCGAACCAAUCUACGAAAAGGGAGAUUACGAGCAAUACCUCGACGUGAGCAUAAACGAAAAAUUUCGAUUAGAUUGUGAGAUGGUCGGCAGACCACAGCCGGUUAUAUCAUGGACGAAAAAUGGAAUGCCCAUGCGAGGAGUGCAUAAUCCAAUUUUGGAAAUUUUCCCGGUGGACCAAUCUGCAAAGGGAUUGUACAAGUGUGAAGGAAGAAAUCGAUUCGGGGUGGAAGAAGUCACAUUCGAUGUGACCAUUUUCGGCAAACCUAUAAUCACUUACACAUCGCCGAACGCAACCAUCUACUCCACUGACAAACUUAAAUUAACCUGCCAAGCAUUCGGUAUACCGAAACCCAUUCUCACUUGGCAUUAUAAUGGUCAACUGCUAUUAACAACUGCUCGUAUUCAUUACGAUAACGCAAUUAAUUCCACAACCACUUCCAACAACAACAAAAUCUACAUCAAUCAAUACAGCAAUGGCAUCAAUACCAAUUCAUUUCCACUACACAAUCGGACCGUUGACUUUGCUAAUAUUAGCGAAAUGAAACGAUACUAUGGUGUUGUUACCCACCACGUCUCUUCAGCAUCGUCAUCGCCCAGCACCAUCAACACCGAUGAAAUAACAUUUGAUUUGAUGCUACCGUCAACAGCAAAAAAGCGUUCGGGCAAAUUUUCUUGUUCUGCUGCUAAUGCAAUCGGACGAGAUGAAAAGCAUUCAUUUGUUAAAGUGUUGGUUUACCCAACAUUUAAAAAUGCACCGACCAUCAAUCGACACAUUGAUGUAUUACAGGGAAUGCCAAUUUUUUUGCCAUGUUCAGCAUCGGGUCAUCCACGGCCGGACAUUUAUUGGUUCAAAGAUUUAAUUGAAUUGCGUAUGGAUGACAAUGUUAAAUUGAUUGAAGACGGCCAGAUGUUGACGAUAUUGGCGAGCAGUGUCGAAAAUGCCGGCCAAUAUUCUUGUCUGGCUAAGAAUGUUGCUGGCGAGGCUAGGCUUUCGUUUGAUGUUCAAAUUUUGGUACCACCAUCUAUGAGUUCAACAAACAGUGCAGAAGUGGAUCCAUUCAGUGACGACACAGCUAAUCAUAUACAGGCUAACGAAGGAGACAUGGUACAAUUGAACUGUCCGGUGACAGGGUAUCCAAUUCCUCAAAUAACUUGGAUCAAACUAAAAUAUGCCGGGCAUUAUGUGGACGAGAUACAACCGAACAACAGCACCAAACUGAUUAUAUCAAACAUAACCGAUUUUUCCACGUACACGUGUUUUGCGAACAGUUCAUUCGGUGAAAUGAAAUUAGUUUUUCAUAUAACCGUUCAUAAGCCACCCCGUCUGCACAAUGCUGAUGAUAAAUCGGUUAACAUAAAAAUGUACCAUGGAUUUACGUUACGUUGCCGGGUGGACGCUGUACCAGAAGCGACCAUUUCAUGGUUCAAGGACGGCCAACUAAUCGAACCCUACGGUGACAACCAAUUCCUAUCGUCUGAUGGCCAAUUCCUUCGAAUCAUAAGUGCACAAAGGUCGCAUUCCGGCUUCUAUCUUUGUUAUGCGAAAAAUAAACAGGGGGCAGUUCAAAAAGCGUUUACUGUUGAUGUGCAAGAAUCGUUUCAUUGGUCGCCGUGGGGAUUUUGGAGUGAAUGCAACACACUGUGUGGUCCUGGCAUUCGAAUCCGAUCACGUGAUUGCUUGCAAUCGAAUGGAGAGCCUGCUAACUCAAAUAACAAUUGCGUUGGUGAAGCGACGGAAAUACAACCGUGUGAAUUAUUCCCUUGCGCGAUUGAUGGCGAUUGGAGCCCUUGGAGUGCAUGGUCACCGUGUUCACAUUCGUGCGUGGAAGAACACUCAAAUUUUGAAUCGAUUCGCCAAAGAUACCGACGAUGCGAUUCACCAGUGCCACAACUGGGCGGUAGACCGUGUCUGGGCAGUGAAAUUGAGCAACAGAUUUGCAGCGUUCCAUUUUGUCCGAUUAAUGGUGGAUGGUCCAGAUGGUACUCUUGGAGUGCGUGUUCGGCAACUUGCGGAACGGGAACGAAAAUUCGGACGAGAAAUUGUGACAAUCCAUCGGCGAGCCACGGCGGAGAAUAUUGUGAAGGGAAUAAUAGUGAAAGUGCUGUUUGUUCCGUUCAAUCUUGUGCAGUUGAUGGUGGCUGGUCAGACUGGUCUCCUUGGACGAUGUGCAGUAAAACUUGCGGCAUGGGACAGAAAUAUCGAAGACGAGAAUGCAACUCACCGAAACCGAUAAACGGUGGAGCUGUUUGUGAAGGAAGCAAUUUCGAAAUGAAAAACUGUAAAAUUCACAGCUGUAGAAAUGCGGAUCUAGUUAAGAGCGCUCGUGUUUCCAACUAUGCUCCGUUUAUAACGAUUCCAUCAUCCGAUAGAAACGAUAAAUCUGACGACUACUACUAUGAUGAUGAUGACGAUUCUAACAUUGAGUAUUUGGAAAGUCGUCCAGCCGAGCAUGUUCCGCCACCGUCAUAUUCAUUGGAAAAUCAAAGUCCACAAAAAGUGAUCGUUCGAGUUGAAAAUUACAUUCCAUUAAGCGAGGACACGGCUCAGGUAGUUAGCAUCAGUCUUGGGCGGAAUAUGAAACCAGUCACACUGAGUCAUCCUGUUUCAUGCGACAUUGGAUAUCAGCCCCAUUUUGGUCAUUGUCAAGACAUCGACGAAUGCACUGCCCCACAUCUCCAUAAAUGCUCGCACACAUGUGCCAACACCGCCGGCAGUUAUCGUUGCCAGUGUCCCACCGAUAUGGAAUUAGCUGACGAUAUGAAAACAUGCACAAAAAUCCAUAGCAUUUACAACACGCCGCAACAUGACAAUCCGUCACCGACGACCAGCUCAUUCACAAUGGUAAAAUACGCCCAGAUGGUGUGUGCUGAUGGAUUCAUAUUGGAAAAUGAGACUUGUUUAGAUAUUGACGAAUGCUACGAGAUGGCCGACGACUGUAGUGUGGACCAAAAAUGUUUGAACACCAAAGGAUCGUACCUGUGCAUACCGACUCCGUGUCCGGACGACUAUAAUCGUGACAAUUUCAGUGGUCAAUGCAUUCAAAUUUGUAGCCAGGAACUGAAUGGCAUUUGCACGGAAAACGCACAAAUUGCCCAGACGAUCAGUUACACAAUUCUGUCGCUGAAAUCGAUAAACUUCGAUGUACCGAUACUGAAAUUGGUGAACUAUGACGUCAAUCGUAAACCGUUGGAAAAGACGAAUUUCUCUUUCGUCGACCAGUCGGCGUUCGAUACAUUUUGGUUGGAAACAAUUCCGAAUCGAAUGGGCAUCGUGUAUUUGUAUGCGAAGCAAACCAUUGAAAGGGCCAAGGUCUAUCAAAUCAAGGUGUUGGGCUUAUCGUACAAUGGUACUAGUACGGAAGAAGAGUCGAAUUUACUGUACCGAACCAAUUUUGUAAUUUACGUUUAUUGGAAUUUCUGAAUUUGCUAAUAAAUUUUCUAGGA